UCUUCACCGACUACCUGAGUGUCCUUAGGUAAUGCCUUGUUGUUGCUGACUUUACCACUUCCCAGCUGAAUCUUAGCCCAGAUACAAUAUUUGCUCUUGGAGAGGGAUUAAUUGUUGAAAUCCUGGACGGACGCAACUAGAGACGAGCUUUCAAAUCCCCUACAAAUUGUGAAGAGGGCAGUAAUUCCCGCUGGUAGAUGCAAAGAGGCAUAGGACACAGCUGCCUUGGAAAAUUCAUCUUUCUUCAAUAAUUUAGAAGUUCCCAUCACUGUUCGUGAAACUCCUGUGCCAUUUGGAACACAGCAAGGCAUCUGGGGCAGGACGUUUUGGGACAGAAAAGCUUCAUUCACCCACCGUCACAUCCCUGUCUUUGACCAUGAGCUGCCCUGAGUCUCAAAAGGCCGGGGUUGGUGGGAAGAAUGCUGAUUCUCCUCAAAAACAAGUUAUCUUCAGAAAAAGCACCCGUGACAAAGCUCUGACCAUCUACCUGGGAAAGCGGGACUUCAUUGACCACAUAGAGAACGUGGAACCUGUGGAUGGUGUUGUAUUGGUGGAUCCUGCUCUUAUCAAGGGGAAAAAAGUGUUUGUGUCCCUCACCUGCGUGUUCCGCUACGGCCAGGAGGACAUUGAUGUGAUUGGCCUCGCCUUCCGCCGGGACCUGUUCUUCUCCAGGGUCCAGGUGUACCCUCCUGCUGGCAAGCCAGAGUCUCUCACCCUCUUGCAGGAAUCUCUGCUAAAGAAGCUGGGGAAAAACGCUUAUCCCUUUUUCUUUACAUUUCCAGAUUACCUGCCUUGCUCAGUCUGUCUGCAGCCUGCACCUCGUGAUGUUGAUAAGACCUGUGGGGUGGACUUUGAGGUGAAAGCUUUCUCAACAGAAAAUGAGGAAGAGAGAAUUCAUAGGAGGAACUCUGCACGUCUGCUGAUCCGCAAGGUGCAGUAUGCUCCGGAGAAACCAGGGCCCAAGCCUUGUGCAGAGACCACCUGGCAGUUCUUCAUGUCCAGCAAACCCCUGCACCUGAAAGCUUCCCUCAGUAAAGAGGUAUACUACCAUGGUGAGCCCAUUCCAGUCACUGUCACCAUCAACAACAGCACAGAGAAAACAGUGAAGAAGAUCAAAGUCCAGGUGGAGCAGGUGGCCAAUGUGGUGCUAUACUCCAGUGACUUCUACACCAAAGUGGUGGCUGCUGAGGAAGCACAUGAGAAGGUGCAGCCAAACAGCAGCCUGACCAAGACACUGACACUUCUGCCCUUGCUUGCAAAUAACCGGGAGACAAAGGAAAUAGCUCUGGAUGGAAAACUGAAGGAUGAGGACACCAACUUGGCUUCUAGUACUAUCAUUAAGGAUGGAAUAGACAAGACAGUCAUGGGGAUUCUGGUUUCCUACAAGAUCAAAGUGAAGCUCACUGUUCCAGGCAUGCUGGGAGACCUCACUUCCAGUGAAGUGGGCACAGAGCUGCCAUUCCGUCUCAUGCACCCCAAACCUGAGGAGAAGAACCCAGCAGGGAAGGAUGGUGAAGCAGAGCUGGUAUUUGAGGAGUUUGCUCGUCAACAGCUAAAAAAUACACCCGAUGAAGAGGACAAGAAUUCACCCUCAACUGAUGAGUGAUUAAUAGAGCAGGCUGACAGAGGAGCUGUGUUGUUUGGCUUCAAUUACAAACGUAGGACCUAAGUUUCUAGUAACCUGCAUGUUCUUGGUUUAUUCAUGGUCUUCCAAGGAUCAGCCCUGAGGUCAGUGGACAUCAGGAAUCUUUAUUGCUUAUUACAAGAUUCACCUCAAGAGGAAUGUGGCAAACACAAUACCUGGUUCCUACUCAGGCUACCAGGGGAGGUCAAGACAUCUGCCAUGUCAUGACUUCUGCUUUCAGGGCUGCCUAAUAAAAAGAUUGGUUGCUUUCAGCACUGGUGAGAGCUUAAAUGAGGGUUUAUGCAGCCUGCCUGGACUUACUCAGUGUCAGAGUCUGUGACUUUGAAGUGCCAGUGAACCAAAUCCUAGCCUGGAAGGCAGGCUUGCAGUCAUGGGUGAUUCAUCAAAGUUUCUCAGCAGACUGUACAAAACUGAUUUUAUUUGCUUUUGGUUGCUUUUGCUUGAUGCUUUACCAAAUUCAGCUAGUGAACUUUUCCAGUGUUUGCACUGUCCCCAGGUGGCUUUUACAUCCACUUUCUGUAGCAGUAAAUGUCUCACAAGUUGUCUCCCACAGCACUGACAAUGCCAAUACACAGUAUUAGCUUUCUAGCAAUGUGCUGAAUAACCAGGUUAUUAAAGAGGAGAUAAAUGAG